GCAGAGUAGCCUAGUAGCUGAACUACAAUGUUUAAAGUUUACAGUAGUAGUACAGUUCAAUUUUAGUUCCCACACAGUUCGGACGUUACAACCCAGCGCUCUGAUCAAUGAUUUCAACAGAAAACGUGAUUAGUCUUAAACAUACUUGUACACUACUAACAUGAUUACUUUGAGAAGCUCUGUUUUCAACAUUUUGUGAAUAAAUUAAAUAAAAAUGAGUUUGCAGUGUGUAAGAAGCUCUAGAUCACAAUCCAGCGAUGGGGGUGUGUCCCCCUAUCAGUCCCCGCUCCCCUACGGUCUAGGAUCUGAUGGAGAGGGGGUCAGCUCCCCCCUCCUCUACUCCGGGAGUUCUGGUUCUGGUUUAAACUACUCCGUGUCCCCUGUACAGUACACAGGGUCGGAUCAAGAUGACUCCGCUUAUCACGAACCACUGUACUACUCAGAGUCAUCUCCCGGAGCUCAAGAUUUCGGAGUUUAUCACGUCAACUCAUCAGAAUAUAAAUACCAGUGCUCCGAGCUGGUCAGAUCCGAGGAUGUUGAGCUUGACCUCAAGUUGUCCUCAUCAAAAAAAGAGGUUGCUUGUGUCCAGGCUGGAUCUGGUUGUAGCUGGGUAGGUCAGCUAGGCAGGCUACAGACUCACUUGGCAACAUGUUCCAAAGAUUCAGUGCAAUGCCAACUCAACUGCGGUGCAAAGGUAGCUCGCGUAUCUGUAGCGGAACAUAUGCAGUAUACUUGUCAUAAAAGAACUGUACACUGUAUGUACUGUAGAGGGAGAUUCACAGGUUCAAGCAUAGAAGCCCAUGAAAGAACAUGUGGUUUUGAGCCUGUCCCCUGCUCAAACCACUGUGGAAUGAGAGUUACAAGAAACAGAUUGAUGUCCCAUCUAAGCUCAGUGUGCAGUAAGCGACAGGUCUGUUGUCGUUAUUGUUCUGUAUUCAUGAGCUCAGAGCAGCUACAAAACCACCAACUUCGCUGUUCUGAAUAUCCUGUUUCUUGUCCGAACAGAUGUGGGGCCGAACUACCCCGUCGCCAUGUUGGAUUCCACGUGGAAGCAUGCAGUCAGGAUCUUCUCACGUGCAUGCACCGGUCCGCCGGGUGUGUCUGGCGCGGGUCAGAACAAGAACUGGUUCAGCAUGCUGCUAACAGCACCCAGCAUCAUCUGAACCUAUUGAGCAACCAGUGUAGAGUACAGGCAGAGCUUCUCAAGAACUUGCGUUUAGAGUUGGACGAAGCAAAUACGGCUAAAGAUGGGAUUCUAGUUUGGAAAAUAUCAGAUUUCUGGCGUAAAAUGGAGGAGGGAAGGAUGACAGAAGGACUGGAGUUGGUCUCACUUCCCUUCUUCACGUCACAGAACGGUUACAAGAUGCAGGUUUCCCUGUUCCCGUAUGGAAAUGGAGGCGGUGAAGGAACGCACAUGUCAGUUUACAUCAAAGUUUUACCUGGACCUUCGGACGCCAUUUUAAAAUGGCCAUUCAAGCACACCGUUUCCUUCACCUUGUUGGAUCAAACUCCAGAGCGGAGGAGUGCGGUCAACGUGGUGGAGUCAUUUAUACCUGACCCAACCUGGGAAAACUUUAAGCGUGCGUCAAAGCGCACUGACCCGGAUCAGUUGGGGUUCGGUUUUCCAAGAUUUGUGGCGCACUCUGUGCUCCAGACUAGAAACUAUGUGAAGGAGAACGUGAUGUUUAUUAGAGUUAGAGCGGAUCCAUCCCAAAGUGUCAAAGUUUAGUCAGAGAACUGUACACAAUUAGUAAACUAAUUAAAGUAAUAUCAAUAUCAAUAUUUCACGUUUUUAAAAUGAAAAUUUCUAGUUACUUGCAGUUAUAUUUUUUGUUAUUUACUCACAGAAAAAGUUGUCUGUUUUUCAUCCAAACAGUCUUGUUCACGGUUCCUCUAGUUGAAUAUAAUGUUAAUUGUUCAUAAACCAAAGAAUCCCCAAGUCAUAAUAAAUCUGUUACUUACA